CUUUUGCGAGCGUAUACGACUGACUACCUCUUCCCCUCAACAAAAGUGAAAAGAAAUUCUGCCCGCCCUUUCCUUGUGAUCGCAGUCAUGGCUACUAUAGAUUCCGACGUCCCGAUGGUUCCCGUCGGCGAGGCUCCAAGCAGCACUGCCCCUUCCUCCUCCACUAAGAAGCCCAAGCGCUUCGAGAUCAAAAAGUGGAGUGCGGUUGCUCUCUGGGCUUGGGAUAUUGUGGUAGAUAAUUGUGCGAUUUGCAGGAAUCACAUCAUGGACCUAUGCAUUGAAUGCCAAGCCAACCAAGCAAGCGCCGCCAGUGAGGAAUGCACUGUUGCGUGGGGUGUCUGCAACCAUGCAUUCCACUUUCACUGCAUCAGCCGAUGGCUGAAGACCCGUCAAGUGUGUCCUUUGGAUAAUAGUGAGUGGGAGUUCCAAAAGUAUGGUCACUAGAUCAUUUUAAGCGGCUAUCCAGUUGAACCUACUUACCUUUCUCGUUGCGGAAGAAAGUUGCUCGUAUUUCUUCAGCUUUGUGUUGAUUCUAGUAAUUUUUAUUAGGAAAAACAUUUGGCUGUCUGAAUUAGGAUUGGAAUUUGAUUUAUGAUAAAUUUUGAUUGAGAA